CCAGUGAAUUUCUACGUUUCAUCGUGUCGGAAUUUAGUGGGUCGCAAAAAGUAAGCGCAACUGUGUUCUAUCUCCACGGAAAAAGGAGAGUUGCUGAAGAAGUGUGUCCCCGGGUGUGUAAAACGCCGGAGAGACGUUGGUAUUUCGAUCGCCCCUAUCAGUUUUGUUUUUGUCCUCGCAAAGGACGGGUGGAACGCUGGAUCGCUUGUCGGAGUGUGGACGGUUUCUAUUUGCACCUUCAUCAAACAAUUGCUCAAAGUUUCGGUUGGAAACUGUCCGCGAUCGACUGCGUUUAGAUUGUGUGCUGGGUGUAAACAUUGAACGAUGCCCCGGCAAUACGAUGAAGAUGAGGCCCGUCGUCCGAUUCUCCAGCCGGAUACGGACACCGAUGAACCUUCCGGAUCAAUGGCCCGCACAGUCCGACAGAGCGAUGACGACGAGCUGACCGAGCGGCUAACGGGAUGCGGGGCUACCGCGUGCUGUAACCCGUCCUCAUUCCUGCACCGCUUCCAAGCCCUUAUCUUGAUGUGUCUUGUCGGUUUCGGGUCGUAUUUCUGUUACGACAAUCCGGGCGCUUUGCAGGAUACGUUUAAAUCGGAUCUCAACCUCACGACAACUCAGUUCGUAUGGCUCUAUUCCAUCUAUUCGUGGCCGAACGUGAUCCUCUGUUUUAUCGGAGGCUUUCUGAUGGAUCGUGUGUUUGGCAUUCGCCUUGGCACUAUCAUCUACAUGUUUAUUCUGCUAAUCGGACAGCUGAUCUUCGCGAUGGGAGCCACUAUCAACAUGUUCUGGUUGAUGCUUGUCGGACGUUUUAUGUUUGGCAUUGGAGCAGAAUCGUUAGCCGUGGCUCAGAACAGCUACGCUGUGUUGUGGUUCAAGGGGAAAGAGCUGAACAUGGUUUUCGGAUUGCAGCUGUCGUUUGCCCGGGUUGGAAGCACCGUGAACUUUCUUGUGAUGGUCCCCAUCUACAAGUACGUCAAGAGCUUGGGCUACCAGGGACACAUGUGCACAGGUGUGGUCCUCCUUCUAGCCACCUUGACCUGUGUGAUGUCCAUGAUGUGUGCCCUCAUACUCGGCUGGAUGGAUCGUCGUGCCGCGCGCAUUUUGAAGCGCAACGAUUCGGCUCCGGGAGGGGAAGUGGCCAAACUGUCGGAUGUGGGUACCUUUAAGGUGUCCUUCUGGAUGGUGACAGUGAUCUGUGUGGCAUACUAUGUGGCCAUCUUCCCUUUCAUCGCCCUCGGAAAGGUGUUCUUUAUGCGCAAAUUUGACUUUACAUCCGAAGACGCAAACACGGUCAAUUCGAUCGUGUACAUUAUUGCCGCCGUCGCAAGCCCUUUGUUUGGUCUGCUAGUGGACCGUACUGGCCGGAAUAUUCUGUGGGUCUUUUUAUCCAUCAUUGUGACAACCGUGGCACAUGGAAUGCUUGCUUUCAGUUACCUGAACCCGUACAUUGGCAUGAUUACGAUGGGAAUGGCUUAUUCGAUGCUCGCCUCCAGUCUGUGGCCGUUGGUAGCGCUCAUCGUACCAGAGUAUCAACUCGGAACGGCAUAUGGCAUCUGUCAGUCGGUGCAGAAUCUUGGUCUGGCGGUUAUCUCAAUUAUUUCCGGCAUGAUCGUCGACAAGGGCGGAUUCUUUAUGCUGGAAAUUUUCUUCAUUGGCUGGCUGAUUGUUUCCCUUUUGGCAACGAUUGUUAUGUGGUUGUACGACUCCAGCAACGAUGGUAUUUUGAACAUGAGUCCAGCUGCUCGGCUUUACGCCAGAAAAGAAUUGAACGACGCUUCUGGUAUGUCUAGUGACAACAUGGACGGUGGACAGGAUAGAGAGCAUCGCAGCCACGAUCCCGAAUCCAUUCGAAACCGUUACGUCAAUCGUGUUCUGGAUAAUACGCCAACACAGAGCGAUACAGAACCCUUGGCUGAAUGAACAAGUAUCAUCGCUCCCCGUGGAUCCUCGAGCAACAUGAAACUCCUAGGCCGUAAAGUGAAAAUGCAAACAUUUGAAAGGGUUUCGGUAUAAGAGCAUUCCGGUUUGAGGCUGUGUGUGUGUGUGUGUAUGUGCAUGUUUGUCUGUCUAUUGCUAUGUAAGAAUAUUGUUGUUUUAGAUGUACUGCAACAAGUUUAUUUUAAUUCUACUGAUGCGGAAAGAGAUGGUGAACGAAGGAUGUGGUGGUAGUGAAAUUGCUGGGAAACAAAGAUUUUAGAACUGAAAGUUAUUUGAAAGCGCAAGAAAAGCAGAGUUGGAAAAUAUCGAAGUAUUAUUGUACGAAUCAGA